GCCACCAUGGUGCACUGGACAGCCGAAGAGAAGCAGGUCAUCGCCAGCGUCUGGAGCAAGGUCAAUGUGGAGGAAUGCGGUGCCGAGGCCCUGGCCAGGCUGCUGAUCGUCUACCCCUGGACCCAGAGGUUCUUCUCUUCCUUCGGGAACCUCUCCAGCCCCACCGCCAUCAUUGGCAACCCCAAGGUCCGCGCCCAUGGCAAGAAAGUGCUCACCUCCUUCGGGGAAGCCGUCAAGAACCUGGACAACAUUAAGUCGACCUACGCCAAGCUGUCCGAGCUGCACUGCGACAAGCUGCACGUGGACCCCGAGAACUUCAGGGUGAGCCGUGUUUGCAGUCCCAGCCCUGUCCCCACGUCGUGCGGGGAAAGUCAGAUUUUGCUUCGAAAGCAGGGGUGUUGCCUCCAGCCACGCUGUCUGGUGGGGGCAGAGUCUCCGUGCAGUCCCCGAGCGAGACGAUGGCACGUGCAGGGCUGUUUGCAAGAGUGCGGGUGACUUUCACAAUAAAAA